UAAUUCGACGAUUUAUCGCUUACUUCGAAUCGUAUUGUAAUUGAUAUUUUUAGUUGGAAACGAUGUUGUUUUUGGGUCGUGUAAACAAGCGGUCUCUUCUGACAGUAAGUUAGUCUGUAUGUCAGCGCAGUCUGUGAUCGUUGGCCGAGUUAUACACUGUUAUGAACGUACCUAAAUCAUUACUUUCUCCGUAGAAGUUAAUUAAUCGUAAUCAUUGCACAAUGAGUAGAGAAGCUAGGUCGUACAAUGCUAGACGAGACGAAAUGCCCAGGCAUUGUGAUACGGGUACUUCUUGCGCUAUUACGAUACAGAUGCCCAAUCCAGAAGCAGCGGGUUGUGUUGAGAGGUUCGCCACUUUAAUGUCAUUCCUUCUAGUCAUCAUUACUUUUCCCUUUUCGUUGUUUGAAUGUUUUAAGGUAGUGCAAGAAUUUGAAAGAGCAGUCAUAUUCCGCCUCGGCAGAUUACGAAAAGGUGGAGCGAGAGGACCAGGAUUAUUUUUCGUCCUACCUUGCAUCGAUACUUACAGAAAAGUUGAUCUUCGUACUGUCUCAUUUGAUGUUCCUCCACAAGAAGUUUUGACAAGAGAUUCAGUUACUGUAGCUGUAGAUGCUGUUGUAUAUUAUAGAAUAAAGGAGCCCUUGAAUGCAGUCGUGCGAGUUGCCGAUUAUAGCGCUUCGACUCGUCUCUUAGCUGCCACAACGCUCCGGAAUGUUUUGGGCAUGCGAGAUCUGGCUCAGCUCCUAUCCGACCGAGAAGCCAUCAGCCACAUGAUGCAGGCCAACUUGGACGAAGCAACAGAUCCUUGGGGAGUAGAAGUGGAGAGGGUUGAAAUAAAAGACGUUCGUCUACCAGUACAGUUACAACGUGCCAUGGCCGCAGAGGCCGAGGCAGAUCGCGAGGCUCGAGCGAAGAUAAUAGCUGCUGAGGGAGAAAUCAAAGCUUCUAAGGCCUUGCGAGAGGCGUCCCUGGUUAUGAUUGAUAACCCUAUGGCCUUACAGCUGCGGUAUCUCCAAUCUCUAAAUACGAUAUCAGCAGAGAAGAACUCGACAAUAAUAUUCCCCUUCCCGAUGGAUUUCCUCAAAACUUUCCUAAGUGGCGGGGCCGGACCAAGCGUAGCUCAUUCACAAUUGCCCAUUUAAAUUUAAUUAGAUGUUUAUGUUAAGUAUUUUAUAAGAACUUUAUAAAGAAAGACGUAUUCUGUAAAAGAAAAUUCAAAACAUACAAUCAAUGUUUAGAUUUAAAAAGGUUUUCUUUGCCUCUUUCUAUUUUGAUUUGAUUUGACAUCGUUACGUAUCGUUCUGUAUCGAAAUCGAACAUUAAAAAAAGAAAUUGAUUAUUGUACCUAACGAGUAAAUAUCCUCCCAGUCUUAUCUAGUCAAAUUCGAAACUUUUACAAAUAUAUUUUGUUAUAUUUUUUUAAA